AGAGCAGCGGUAACAACAACAACACAACCAAUAAAUCGCAAAAUGGCUGCACGUGCCUAGUUUAGAAUAUUUGUAGAGGUGUGUCGUUUUCAAAAUGCGCCUCUAGUUUUUUAAUAUGCCUUUUGCAGAAAUAGCUUAUGAUGACAUUGAAUUUUUUGAGCGAUGCGGUGGAGGUUCGUUUGGAUCUGUUUACCGAGCAAGAUGGAAAUCACAAGACAAAGAAGUUGCAGUCAAACGGCUUCUUACAUUGGAAGAAGAGGGUGAGGUUCUCAGUGUUUUGAGCCACAAAAAUAUCAUCCAGUUUUAUGGAGCUGUCACAAAGCAACCAAACUAUUGCCUUGUUACAGAAUAUGCAGCACUUGGAUCAUUGUAUGAGUACUUAUCAAACCACACAUUGGAUUUCAAGAAUAUAUUGCAAUGGGCAAAGGAAAUAGCAGCAGGACUUAACUACUUGCAUAAUGAAGCACCUUUCAAAAUCAUUCACAGGGAUUUGAAAUCAAAGAAUGUUGUUAUCACAAGUGAACUCAAUGUUAAGAUUUGUGAUUUCGGCUCAUCAAGAUUUAUAUCUCAAACUACAAAAAUGUCAAUGGCAGGGACCUUUCCAUGGAUGGCCCCAGAAGUCAUUCAGAGUAUGCCAGUCUCAGAAUCGUGUGACACUUUCUCAUAUGGUGUGCUAAUGUGGGAGCUCUUAACAAGUGAAAUUCCGUUUAAUGGAAUGCAAGGUGUCCAGGUGGCUUGGGUUGUUGUUGUCAAAGAAAAGCGACUUACCAUUCCAAGCACUUGCCCACCGCAGUUCGCAGCGUUAUUGAGACACUGCUGGACCACGAAUCCAAAGGAAAGACCCGAUUUUAAGGAAAUCAGAGGAAUACUCGACUCGAUGACGGAAGAUGGAGAUCUAGAAGAAGAAACAAAUACUUUUCUGCAUCGAAAGAGCGAAUGGAGAAAUGAGAUCGAGGCAACAAUGGAAAAAUUGAAAAAUAUAGAACGCAAUUUAAAUCUCAAAGAAAGAGACCUAAAUCAGCGAGAACUGCUUCUUAUAUUAAAAGAAAAACAGUUGUCUGCAAAGGUGCCCAAUAAAGCGGACUUGAGCGAUUGGAGUGAGGAUGAUGUGCAUAUAUGGAUGCAGCAGCUUGGCAAUGAAGCCGUAGAUCUUUAUCAGUAUGCCGAUGUUUUGAAAGACAAUCAUAUCAACGGAAGAAGGCUCCUGAUGUUGACAAUUGAAGAUUUAAAGGAAAUGGGCAUUCUAUCAUACGGCCACAGAAUGGACCUUUUUGAUCAUAUACAAAAGCUUUGGGAUGAAAUGGAACAUCUGCUUCACUUUCCACCAUUGCUAAUGUCGGGUCAACAGGAGACACAAUGUGAUGAUUGCACCUGCAUAACGAUGACUUUGCUGUUUGGCAAUCACUGUCGGCUGGGUGCAACCCCCAUGGACCAUAAAUGGAAAAUGUUCCUGGAAAUUGACGCAGAUGACAAUGCCCUCACGUGUAUCAAGGAUGUUACAUUUCAUCAGGUGAAUUCCGUACAAUACCAAACUGUAACGCAUCCACCAUAUGUUGCUGAUCGGUGGCAAUCUGCUGGGUCAGAUAACUCCCCUAUCUAUGUAGAAUGCAAUGUUUCAUACGAGAAAUACGUAAAAAAGCCACGCAACACGAAACAUUUACAUGAGGUACUACUGAAGGAGGGUGGCUCAGUAUUCCAGAAGACCGUGCAGCUGACUUUGAAGCGGUCAGCAGCUUUCACCCAAGAUGAUGGUUAUUCAACUCCUACCACGACGGCAAACUCAAACAGGAAGACUUCUGCAUCAAAAUCAGUCUCUUCAGCCUCUGUUCGAUCUACAGCUGGAAGUAGCACAUCGUCCCCAGUCCCCACGGAGAGUUCCUGGGCAAGCAAGGUGGCCUCUGGAACAUUUAGGAAAGAAUAUGUGCCACGGCAAAUAUCAAUUAGCAGCGCUGGGGUUGUAAUGGGCCAGAAAGAAGGCAGAGAUCCAUUGUCACCAGCUGGACGUGUCCCUGGACACGAAUCAUGGACAUCGACUGGGUCAUCUGGGUAUUCGGAGCAAGUGUUGAAAUCGCGAUUUAAUCAAUCUCAAACCCCCUUGGGGACUCAAAGAUCAGCGUGGAAUGUACAAAGACAAGACUCUGCAAUGCGAAGGUCCCAGUCGCCCAAAUUUACCUCCCCUGAGACUGAUAAGGAUGUCGAUACAAAGGAAAGUAACCCGUAUAGUUGGCAAACUGUAAAAUCUUCAAAGACGUCCCCAAAAGGACCAAGCCGUGGUGGUUCGACUUUCAGGCGGAGUGCGAGUGACUAUACCCAAAAUAGGAAUUCGCAGAGUGGCCAGGCAAGGGGAGGUGGAGGUAGAAAGGCACACAGCGAGGGCAGUAGGGGCCAUGGACAGAGAAAAAGUACAGGGCAGAUCGGGCAGAGGGGGAAUAGACCAAGCAGAUUUUAAUACGGGGUCUGACACAGAAAGAUUCCUCAAUUAUGGUCAUAACUUAUUUGUAGCUAAUCCUUUUCUGUUCCUUUUUUGGUCUAUUGAAAUCUCAACAUACUGCUAAAAGAUGAUCUUCAAAUCGUGUGUUCGGUCGAUUGCUUUCUCGAAGUUUACAUGCAUCACCCUUCCCUUGUUUUUAUUCUCGAUUUGUUUUUUAUUCCCUUGAAAAGCUGAGAAGAGAGUUUUAUUAUAGGCAACUAUUUUGUUUGUGUUUUAUCCUACGUUAUUACUAACUGAUAUAUGGAAUUCAAGAGAAAUCUGCAAACAUUUUUAAACCUUUGAAAACUUGAAGAUUUUCCAGUUU